AUGUCUGAUCCUUUAGAAUUAAUUAAAAAAGCUGAAAAGAAAGCUAAACCAUCAUCUGGUUUCAUGAAACUUUUCACAGAUGACGCUGAUAAAUACGAAGAGGCUGCAGAUCUAUACGUAGAAGCUGCGAAUAUAUAUAGAGUGAAUAAACAACUAGGUGAAUCAGGAAAUAAUUUUAUUAAGGCGGCAGAAUGCCAAUUAAAUGCUCAUAAUGAAAGUGAAGCAGGUAAUACUUAUGUAGAAGCCUAUAAAAUGUAUAAAUCCAUUGAUCCAGCAAGUGCUGCUACCGCUAUUGAAAAGGCUAUCGAUCUAUUUACGAAUAAAAUUGGACAAUUUAGAAGAGCAGCUAAUUUUGAAUUUGAAUUGGGUGAAUUAUAUGAAUCGACCCUGCAUGAUUAUAAAAAAGCCAUAACUUGUUAUCAGACAGCUGGGGAAUGGUAUAGUCAGGAUAGUGCUACUGCUUUAAGUAAUAAGAGUUUUUUAAAGGCUGCAGAUUUGAAAGCAUUAGACAAUGAAUUUUUGGAAGCUGUAGACUGUUAUAGUAAAGUUGUUGCUAAUUCUAUAGGAAACAGGUUGAGUCAAUGGUCUUUAAAAGAUUAUUAUUUGAAAAUUGGUUUGUGUCAAUUAGCUGCUAACGAUUCUGUGACUGCCUCUAAAACGUUGCGUGAUUUCCAAAUAAAUUGUGGUGAUAAUACCAGCAGGGAAUAUAAUUUGUUGAAGACAUUGAUUGAUUGUUAUAAUGAACAGGAUGUGAACAAAUUUAGCAGUAGCGUUUUUGAAUUUGACAAGUUUUCUAAGUUGGAUGAUUGGAAAACCAAGAUAUUGCUAAAGAUUAAGGAUUCUAUAUCUAAACAAGAGGAUGAUGACUUAUUGUGA